GCUCCGGCAGGUUGCAACAAAAUGCAGAAAAACCUGUACAGACAGAGAGGUUGAGCCGAAAGAGGCACGCAGAUCACUCAGGGAGAGGCUAUUCAACCAGAUCAGUCUGUUGUGUCUUAUUUAGUUAAACUGAAACUUGUUUCCUAAAGUUCACUUCUCUGGCAGACCUCUUGCUGUACUCUUGGGGUUGGUGCAAUGGGAACACAUUUGGACCUGAAGGACCAACUCAAGCUCAAUGGGAGCUCCCGAGACUCAAAGGGACAGCCUAACAUCCCUGACAUGGAGCUCAGAGAGGAAUGGCAAGAUGAUGAACUUCCCAGGCCCCUUCCAGAGAGUUCAUUCCAGAGCCCAGAUGAAGUGGAAAGUCCGACAUCUGAUGGCGGCAGGCCGGGUCCCCCCAUCAGCUUGGCACUGUCAGGAAACCGGACACGGAAAAGGCGUCUCGUGGCACCAGCCCUCAGCCUGACGCUGGAGCGCAGCGACUCUGCAGUUUCUGACGAGUUCACGGCUGCUGCACUUUCCCCGUCGCCUGAUGAGGAUGAUCUAGACAUCAACCUGGAGGAGCUGGAGACACCUUCUGACAGCGAGUCCUUCACACUCAAUGACAGCAUGCAAGACUUGGAGUGGGAGGAUGACCUCCCGCGGAUGGGCCGGAGAGAAGCCAGAGCGGCCAAUAGGGCGGCGGCAGAGCAGGCAGAGAUGGGCCAACUGGAGCUGGACCGGGUGGACAGCCAGGGCCGACGGUGGCGCAAACUCCAUAUCGCUGGACAGGAGAGUCUCGUGAACAUGAGCGUGCUGGAGCCCUACCUUCAGGUGCUGUCUCAUGGAGGUUACUAUGGGGAUGGAAUGAAUGCCAUCAUUGUGGUUAGUUCCUGUUAUCUUCCUGACAGCACCAUUGAUGACUACCAAUACGUAAUGGACAAUCUAUUCAGGUAUAUUCUGGGGACGCUGGACCUGAUGGUGUCGGAGAAUUACAUCAUAGUGUAUCUGUGCGGUGCGGUGUCCCGCAGCAAGAUGCCCUCUAUCAAAUGGCUGCGAGACUGUUACACGACCAUCGACAGAAGGCUGAGGAAAGACUUGAAAGGCCUAUUUGUUGUCCACCCAAACUGGUUCAUCAAGGGCCUGAUCACCAUUGUCAGGCCAUUCCUCAGUGUGAAGUUCAGCCGAAAGGUGCGAUUCGUCAGAAGCCUCCAGGAGCUCGGCACAUACAUUCCCAUGGAGCAUGUGCAGAUCCCAGACUGUAUCCGACAGUUUGAUGAGAAGAUGAACAGGUGAAAGAUGCACACCUUAUCCCUGUAAUAUGUACUGUAUAUAUAGACGGGCUAAUCAGGUGGAAGGACUAUUGAACAAGCAGCCAAGUGGAGAACGUGGAUGGGGACAGAGAUCACCCCAUAUUCCAGUGCCAAAGCAAGGAAGGCAACAUUGUGCAGCAAGAGUCAUGGGUUCUGAUCUUGGGUUCUGAUCUUGGGUUCUGUAAUAGGGUAUUGGGGAAAGUUGUUACAGCUUACUGCUUAACGUCAGGACUUGUGGGUGCUUCCUGCCAUCCUACAUGACAUUUAUCUGCCCAGUUUAUUGGCAGUGAUUCAUGGGUAUCAGACUCCAUGCCAGCUUGGCUUUAUGGGCUAGGGGCUAAUUUGCAGCAACUGCAACCGGGAACAAAAAGAACGUUACAUAAAAGCUGCUCUGUGGACAAGCAAUAACAACGCAGCCCUUUCCAGUGUGUCACAGCCAUCUGAUUGAUGGCUCAGGGUGAGAUCAUUCGUCAACUUAUGCAACAGCCCUUUCAAAAAAAAGUGCAACAAGUCCUACCUUACAGUUUGGAUGAAGUGUAGAUGCAUCCUGUUGUUACUGUGCAUGUCUAAGAUCUGGCUAUCUAAGCAAUGAGAACUGGGUUGGGACAGAAAGUUUGUUGGUUACAAUGCAAGCUCCCUGCCCGUAUUUAAACACUAACUAGCAUUUGCCACCAUUUCUUUGUCAUCCUUUAAAGAAGCGAGAUGUAUCAUCUAAAAGGGCACUUUUUUUUUUUAACUUGCAUUGCAGAAAUCAGUACAACAAACAUUGUAAAGUUGUUUAUAUUCAGUUAGAGUAAGUCUUUUGGAGCUUGGAGCUGUUUUUAAAGAAUGCAAUAUUUCCCAAAGACCAACUAUGGCACCCAGUACAGCCCCAUGAUCACUCCAGUGACAGUGUAUAACAGGUUAUACUGGCAUGGUCAGACAGUGUAGAUCAUUUUCUCUGUAUAUAGUACUAUCAUGAAUGAAUGAGCUAACAUUAUUGCAACAGCAACAUGUUUAGAUGACAUGUUACAUAUGGUGCGCAGAAUGGUAGCAUUUGAACAAUAUUUGUAAAAAUAAAAACCAGUUUUUCCCCA